CCACGUGCCUUGAUAUAUAUUUCAGAGAUGAUCCUAAUUCCGACAUAAUUUUGUUAACUGUUUCCAGUGACAAUGACAGCACUGUUAAACAGUGGCAUAUAAAGCCCGCUAUCGAAUCUUCAGGAGAAUUAAAGUUAUUACCAAUUUUUGACGUUUAUUGGAACACAGUUAGUUCGUUGCCUCGCGUUGCUGCUGCCACUAAUGACAAACGCGUUCAUCUUUUUAAUGGUCAAAAUUUGAUAAUGGAAACAACAAAAUUUAUCAGUUCCAUAACUAAAAUCUGCUUUUCCCUUUGCGGUAAUAAAAUAACCAUCGGUCUCCAAAACGGAGAAGUUAUCGAAUUGGACAUAAAAACAAAAAAGUAUAAAACAGUUAUGUUGCUGCAUGAAUCAGUUUCUUUUUUGAAAUAUUUCGAAGAGUCGGACGUAAGAAUGGUUCCAUCCUGCACGAAUAACAAAGAUUGUCCCGGUCCCAAUAGCGGUACUUUAGUCGCCGCAGCCCAAAAUGGAUGGUUCAGUGUUUAUAGGAACAACAAAGUCAUGUGCUUGGUGCAACCACCGUCUCCUAGUGACUUGAAGCAGGUGCCAAUAUUCCCUAUAGUGUCUUGCUUUUACAUAAAAAAGGCAGGAAAGUUGCUCUCGAUUGCUAAAAAUCGAACAAUUAAAACAUGGAAUUUACAAGAUGCUUCUUAUGUUGUCCUAAUUGGAGAAAAAACAUUGCGGGAUAACGAAAAACAGCACAAUGUUGUCAAUGUCUCUUUGUCAGAUGAUGAAUCUCUCUUAGCUAUCACCAUGUCGGAUAAUACGUUUGAUAUUUAUACCUUAAAUGUUCAAAAUUGCUCCUAUGUAACGUCUGAAUAUAAACAAGGUGGUUGUAUGGAAUCGACACUAACUUGUUGUUGUUUCUCGCACGAUGGGUCUUUCCUUGCACUUGGACACCUCAGCGGCUCAAUUACCAUUUGGAGCGUGGAAUUAAAAGAAGUAUUAUACAGUUUAGAUGCACAUAAAAGGGAAAUAUAUUACUUACAAUUUUCGCCUUCUCCAAUGUUUAUUCUCGUAAGUGUAGCCGAUCAAAUAAUAUGGUGGAAUUUGAUGAAUGUUCCAAAAGAAAUGUAUCGGGGAUCUCAUAUACAAAUUGGAGAUGAAAAACUAAAGAGUCGCUGAUAUUCGAUAUCUAGGAAGUCAUAUAUGUCAGGAUGGCAAAAAUGGUGCAGACAUAAUGCAAAGAAUAGUGUGGAGUUGAGUCACUUAUAGUAAAAGAAAUUCAAUCCGUGCUCGCGAACGGUUAGUGAAAAUUCCAAAAAGAUUGUUCAAAGAAUAUGUUUGGGAUGCAACUCUGUCAAAAGUUAGAAUCCUUUAAGACAUGACG